AUGCGACAAGCUACAAUUGGUAUUGUCUCGAUUGGAGACAUGGGCCUCGGCAUGGCCCGGCUCCUCAAAGCCCACGACUAUCGCGUGGUCACGGUCGCAGAGGGAAGAAGUGAACACACGCUGGCGCGAAUCCAAUCAGCAGGCAUCGAGACCCUUCCCUCCGAUCAGGAACUAGUAAUUCAAGCAGACUAUGUACUUUCGAUCGUGCCUCCACGAAACGCAGUGGCCACCGCGCAGCGAAUUGCAGAGGCAUAUGCACUGCCCUCGACUGGCAGUCUCCGAGCAGCGAUCGAGGACAUCGACGGCCGGGCUCACCGGUCCAAGUUAUAUUUUCUCGAACUCAACGCCGUAUCCGCACGACUGGUGUCAGAGAUGGCGGCGCAAUUCGACGAGCCAACCACACCGACGGACCAUGCCCGACGGUGCCACAUCCUCGAUGGCGGAAUCAUUGGCGCGCCGCCAUCACAAAGCACGCAAGACGGAAGCUGGAAGAAACCUAGCGUGGUGCUGUCCGGGUCGGUGGAUCUGCCCCCUGCAUUUGCAAAGCUGGCCGAUGUGUUGAAUAUGAAGCUUGUCUCGCCUCGGAUUGGCGCCGCCUCCACCCUCAAACUCUCCUUCGCCGCUUUGACCAAAGGGCUCACGGCGCUCUCGAUCCUGUCCUUCUCGACGGCACAAAAGGAGUCCAUGCUGCCGGAGUUAUUGUCGCUGCUGGAGGAAUACUCCCCGCGCACGGCUGCAUUGGCGACGAAUGGGAUCAUUGGUAUGAGUCCCAAGGCAUAUCGAUGGGAGGGUGAGAUGCGGGAGAUUGGGGAAGCGUUCGAUACCGAGGGCGAAUGGAACGGGGUGGGAGCGGACGUUUAUGGAGGACUGGCGGAGAUUUAUCGAACUGUGGCCGAGGAUACCAUAUUGGGUGAAGAGCGUGUGGGAAAUCGCAUCCGAGGCCGGACGGUUGACGAUGCCGCUCAGAUCAUAGCUCAAAGGGCCAAAGCACGAUGGCAUCACGGUGUCUAG